GCAGAAAAUAGAUUAUCAAACGUCGUGAGACUAUUGACUCAGAGAUUUUCAACGAGUGAUCCAUUAUUUAAAUAAUUGCAACAUUGAUAUAACAUAUAUGGAUCGCAUAACGGACUAAAACCUACAUUUUAUUUAUCCAAUAUCCAUUUGACUGAGGCCACAUGCUAUCGCAGACAAUCAUUACUGUCUCGUGUGGAGAUUAAUCUUCUCACUUGUAGCUGUACAGAGCAACUUAAUAAGUACAAUAUCAAUAAAUACAUUUACGUUAAUGACAGUGGAGGCUUCCCACAUCGUAGUGUACUCAUAAGUAAACUUGGUAAACCCGAUGUCAUUGCGAAGGACUGCGUCCUUCCAAAAUUCUACCCUCACAUUCAUCCAAACGUCACCACAAUAACAACCUAGGUUUCCAGGAUGUGCUUCAAGUCCUGGACUACCGGCAUGUUCUAGGGGAAGCUCCGCCAAUGAUCACCUGAGGCAUUCUGUUAUUUGUUGUAUUCGUGAAAAGGGGAUUCCAAAUUUUGACUCUUUUCGCCCUAUGACGAACAUGAGCUGAGGAUAACGUAGAAAUUGAUUUUAGAAAGCUCUGGGAGCCUUAGAAAAAUCGUCAAUCAACUCAUGGAUCCAAUGUCAUUGCAUUUAUAAAGAUAUCUCAAUUAAUUUCCGAGAUAUUCAUGAAAAAAUGAGGUGAUUCCAAUGUAAAAAUAGAUAAAAUAAAAAUUGAAAAUUCUGGCCUUUGUUCCUUUCGUUUAUUUUCUUAGUUUUUAAGGUUUUUAAACUACAUUUUCCAUGUUUUCGGGCUUUGUUAAUUAUUUUUACAAUUUUCUGAACAUUUCCGAGAGUGCUGAACAACUGCAUAGUGGUGAUGAGAUGAGGGAAAGGUCAAAGUGACCACCGUGCUACCUCGCGGCGUUUGUGAGAACUUGUUUUUUACUUCUGGCUGACAAUCUGAGAAUGAUCCUGACUAUCCUGACAUGAGAAUAGCAAAUUCUCCCACUUCUCAAACUCAAGAUCAUCCUGAUAGUGCCCCGACCAUAAUUCAUAUGGCUCCUCAUACAAAUUGGGCCUCUUGUGUUGCAUAAAAAGUAAUUUUCACUCAUUGAACAAAUAGCAAACAACAUGGCCGAUGGUCCAAUCGUCAAUACCUCAGCAUCCGCGGAUCUACACUCCUCUGAAAUAACCUUUCCCUACGACAUUAGCAUCGAUUUAACAAUCGACAUUCCAAUAUCUGGCUGUGACACCGACAAAACCAUAGCAGCAGCCAGCAUCACACUCGUGAGUGACAUCUUCGUGAAACACCCCGAGUGGAAUUUCCUGGCCACUCCCAUGAUAAAGGCUCUUGACAAUGCUCUCCUCGAUGAUGAACACAAGUGGGUGACUUCGGACGAUCGUCUCGUCUUCAAGAAGGACCUUCACAUCAGAGGAAAUCUCGUCAACAUCAAGGACCAGCCAACGAGAAUGAGCCCCACAUUUGGUAAGCUGUCGUACAACGGUUGUGUCCACUCAUCAAAGGUACUACUGCAAUACAAAGUCGAAUUUCAUUUCCUCCCUGGGAUACGCUCAGCCCAGGGGAUUUACGAAGCACACGAGUGGAGGAGAAAUGACGUGGCUCAGACUGAUAACUCUCGGUCCAUCAAACUUCGAGAGAUUCUCCAUCAUCAUCAGGAAAAAAAAUCUUUAAAUUAUGAUUUCACAUGGAGAGAGGGUUUUUUCUUUAAUAAGAAUAGCAAGGACGACCAGCAAAGUGGGUAGAUAAUUAGAGCACCAGGAGGAUGAGUUGAUUCCACUUACGUCAAUUGAUCUGAUUCGUGGAUUAUUAGGAAUAGUUAAUUAUUAAUUAUUACUUCUUUAUCAUUCGGUAUUGAUGAUCGAGUUCACAUGUGGAGUAAAAGGAAUCCGUUAACGUACAUCAGUACUGUUUUAUGAUACCAGAGUCUAAUUGCCUCCCAAUUCUGUUUUUUUACUGAAAGGGAAUAUCCUGCACUUUCUUUUUUAAAAGAUUUUUCUGAGUAAAUCGAAUAAUUAUUUUUAUUUGUCCCAGUCAUUGGACUCAAACCACUCAGUCAUCCGAAACCUCCAGAUUUUAUCACUCCCUCAGAAACUGCUGAUAGGACCUAACGAUACAACACAUGCGAUAUAAAGAGUUCACUGAACUAUCAUCACGACUGCAUUCUCAAUACUAAAAGUUUUUUCGUUUUUUUUGUUAGUUAGCGUUGAUAAUAAUAUACAAUUAAUUAUCAGUCCUUCAUCAGUUGAUGUUAAUGACUCAUGGCCAUUGACUAAAAGCUAUAUGUAGAUCGGUUGAUAGUCAAACGCCAAUUGAAAUGUAUUUUUGUGAUACUCAUGGUAAAAUACCUCGUCGAAGUCUUUAAAAAAUGUCUCAUGUAGUAAUGUACUUAAGCCUUAUGUACCCUAUGAACCAUAAAUUAUGUUGUUAUUUAUGUUUUAAUACGGCUAAUAGUAUUUUUGUUGAAGAUAUGCUAUAAUUUUAACGAUUAUAAGGUCCUUUAGGUGUCAAAAAUACUCUUAACUUUGACAUUAGAUCUCUGUUACAUGUAGAUUAUAUAUUUAUAGCACUCGUUUUCCAAAUCUUGAUAAAUAGAAAAUCGUCAUAAUUCCAGGUUUGAUGUUGUUUUCGAAAAGUAGCUUUGGAAUUAAGCUAAAUUAAGCAUAAAAUCUGAUAAUUGUCAACGAAAAGCAUUACGUUGUGUUCUGAUGUAGAAUAAGACCUGAAUCAACUGCCCCCAAUUAUCUAAUUAAAUUUGGUGUCAUUCAUCUGCGUUGAUACCUGCUUUCAAAGCCCCUUCAUCCCACCGACUGCUAUUGACACACCUCCGCCUCGUCCUGCCCAUCUGAUUGUUCAGAUCACUCGCAGUUUCGUCACUAGGCGGCACCAACAAAAACAUUUCCACAACAUUAAGCCAUCAACUGACAUGCUCGUCCUUUGUCUGAUGAACAUCUGAGGUUAAAAUGUCACAGUACAGUUCGAUAAGUGAAUCACCCUCAGAAAACUCAUCAUUCUCGUCCACAUCGUCAUCAUCAUCAUCGUCAGGGGACAGUGAGAUGUACCCAGACCUGCGAUUAGAUCCUGACUUUGUCGGUCUAGUGCCAUAUUUCUCUCGCAAGGAAAACACAUUCAUUUACGACAUAAGUAUUGAACUCACCAUCACGACCAACAAGAACCAGGCAUCCUUCGCACGAGACUGUGUUCGAACAGUUCUGCUGGUGAUACUGGGAAGAGUGUUCCACGAACAUGAAGAGUGGAAGCAAAUCGGGAUUUACCUGAUGGAGAUACUGGAGGAGAGGAUGAAUGAGAGUGGUUCCUGGACGACUGAGAGGCGAAAUCAUUAUGUUUAUAAGGGGAAUAUUGAGAUCUCAGGACAUUAUAAUCAGCUGAAGGACCUUCCGGAGGACCUUCCAGUGAUCUACGAGAAUAUCGAAUCGAAUUUUCCCAUGUUGACUGGUGGAAAAUCGAAGACAAAUCAGAGAGUUGUUUAUCGAGCGAGUUUUUUCUUGAGCCCUGGAAUAAACUCUGCUUUCAACUUCUACAAGGAUCAUGGAUUUGCCUACUGUGUGCCGAAGUAUCCUGGGGUGGAGGGACAGGAGACCCAGAGGUGUUUUAAACUUUAUCUUAAGAAUAUUAUGAAGCAUCAGAGAAGAGGCGUAGACGUGACGUAUGAUGAUCAACUCGCUUGGGGGACUGUUUACGAUGCCAUGAAGGAGGUCAGGGAAGAUCCUAAUUACGAGUUUUCGGGGGAUGAGAGUCCUGAUGGGUUUUACAACACUCGAUGUCGAAGAAGUUACUAGUUUUUUUUGGUAUUUGGUAGCAAAAGGUCGGUAGGUAAUUAACAAUAUAGAUUAUAUCAAUGAAUAUAUGGAACUAUUGUUGGUGAUGUAUCUUUACGGUGACAUUAUGACAUAAGGAAUCGUGAUACCUCAAAUUAAUUUGACAUUGAACAGAGGAUCGCGAGAAAAUAGGCACCAUUAGAGUGCCAUUAGGGAGUUUAUGAAAGAUGUACUAAUUAUUAUUUGUGAUAACUGCAGUAAUUAGGUACGAAAGAAUUGAGGAAAUUGACGGGAAAAAUUGCUGAUUAAUUAUGCAGCUUAUUUGCAUUCCUCAAUGAACGCUAAAUAUUUUCUUUCUUCAAAAAAAUUGAAUUUUUUAAUAAAAGUUCCUCUUUUCAAAUUUUCUGUAAUUUUUCUGUCAGGUUUUUAAAGGUUUUUUUUUCUUUUUUCACUGAAACAUUAACAAAGAUAUAGAGAACAUAUCUUAGAAACUUUGUGUCCCGGAAUUUGUCAUGAAGAACUUAGAUAGAAAUAUGAAAUUACUAAUUUUCCUGUGACCGCGUUCUUGUUGGCAAUCUUCUUUAUCUUUUAAUUCAGAAGAAAGCUUUAUAGACUUUAACUACGUCGAUCCUGACUUAUUAACGACUGAAGUCGAGUCGUUUUAUUUUUCUGGUUU